ACGCGUGCGGCAAACAACGCGAACUACGCAGCGAAGCAGUAAAAAAAAAAACGACGAAAACUUUAAACCGUUAGCGUUUUAAACCACAAUAGAAAUUCAAUUCGAAGCCAUGGCAAAUUUGUUUACAUUGCUGUUGCCCCUCAUUUUGCUUAUUAUCGCUUUUGUUGCGAACACUUCGUAUGCCGCGCUUGAACCAAAAGCCCCCAACUUCCAAUACUUUGAAAGACCCAAAUAUCGCUAUCCAUACUAUGAUGAAAAUGGCAAAGGAAAGCUGCUCUAUGGAUUCGGUGGCCCUGAGCUAUAUCAAUACAAGACCUAUACACCAUUGGAAGGCAUCCAUUAAGCAGAAUUAGCAUUAAUAUUUGUAAUUAAUUUAUAUAUUUUAUGAUUGCCUGCGUAAACUUCUGUUCUACCAGUUCAAUUAAGGGCGAAGAGCAUAGUAGCCAGUGUUAAUUGUAAUUACUAGUUACCUAUAUAAUAAUAUAUCCUAAAAUAUUUUAAACCCAAACGCAUUUUCAAAGCUUGCGCCAAAUGGCAUGAUUUGUACUACUUCUCGCCGCUAGAUGGCGAAUUGAAACAUUAACGGUUUAAUGUGAAUGGCAAAUAUAGCAAGAAAUCGAUUUGCAUUUAUAAUAUAUUUCUUAUUAGCUUGAAUAAGAGCUACGAU